AUGCAGCCCCUGGCACUGUGGGACGAGGUGGCCGUGCUGGCCGGGGCAGUGGUGCUGGUGCUGGCACUGGUGCUCGCUUGGCUCUCCACCUAUGUGGGUGAUGGCAGCUCUGAGCUCCUGGGCACGGGGGACACUGCUGUCAUCCACCUCGGUGCCCUCCCACCCUUCGUGGGGGCUGCGGGGGGUGCCGAGGCCCCCGAGCCUCCCGGGAUAACGGAGAACACGGAGGAGAAAGAGGAGGAAGAGGGAGCGGCGGCGCAGGGAGAGAGUGGGAACGUGGCUGAUCCCAGCCUGGAGCUGGAUGUGCAGAGCUUGUCUGAGCCCUGUGCCAUGGGGGAGGUGUCUGCCCCGGGAGAGGGAGAGCUGUGCCCUGGACUCAUGAAGAUCCGACUCAAGUUCCUCAAUGACACGGAGGAGGUGGCACUGGCAUGGCCCGAGGACACCGUGGGGAUCCUCAAGAG